AUGUCUCAAACGCCCCAGAGCCCCGCGCCGGGAGGUCGUCUCCGUCGCCCAAGGUGGUUUCCUCCGCUAGACUCACCCCAGAAGAGUCAGGACAGGCACACACAACCUCCCGAGUCAGCAAGCGAAAUCUCAAAGACACAGAAGUCAGAAGCAGCUCACAGACGCCCGCGAUGGUUCCCACCGCUGCAAUCUGACGACGGCAAGCCCGAGCCAAACCUCACCAAAACACCAUCAUCAGCAGUGCCCGCGACAAUAGCAAAACAGCCAAGCGCUUCCAAAACCGCUGCUCCCAUCCCCAGCAGUUCAGUGAAAGAGCCAAAAAUCCACAAGCAUCCAACAGGUCCAUCACAGUCGACCACGUCCACACCACCACGUCCGCCAAAGCCAUCGGCAGAACCAGCACCACCACCACCAGCGCCAGCAACCAAGCCACGCCGCCGCCCCCGCUGGAUGGAUCCCGCCAAACCCCCCACCGAAUCAUCGCCCGCUACACCCACCACCACAACCGCCGCCGCCGCCGCCGUCGCCGCCGCCAAACCUUCGCCCAACGCACACCACGACAGCCGCACCCACGACAGCCACAUUCACCACCCAACAACACCAGCACCACGCCCUCCCCCCAGGCACCACGAAAGCCGCCGCCACCGCCUCCCCAGCUCUCCAUCGCACCUCCGCGCCGCCAUCAGCACCGGUGGCGGUGGCAACGACAAGGACGCAGAAACCGACGACAGCGCUCAAACGACAUUCUCGCGCCGGGUGAGUGCGAGGUCGGAGCGCGAGGUGAGUGGGGGGUGGGUGGAUGUCGGAGAGGAGGAGGGAGAGGAGGAUGAGGAGGAGGAGGGCCGGGGUGCUGAUGAGCUGGCGGCGGGGGAGGCGGGGACAGAUGGCAGAGGUGGUGGUGGUGGGUGGGAGGAUGGUGAUUGGGAAUGGGAGGGAGAGAGGCUUGAUGAGGAGGAGCGAGACGGGGUUGGUUGGGGUGAGGCGGCGGGCAGGCCGGAAGGCUUGUCUGGGUUGAGGUUUGUGGAUGGGUGGUGCAAGUUUUUGUCGAGGGUUUGA